AUGUAUGCAGUGCUUGAUGAACAGAGCAACAAAUCUCUGGCCAAGACAGAGUUUUUCAAUCUCUUCAACAUCAAUGACAACUCUGCUCCAUACACCAUGAAGACCUGUUCUGGGGUAACAGAGACUUCAGGCAGGAGAGCCGUCAACUUCAUGGUGGAGUCUAUAGACGGACACAAGCAGCUCACUCUCCCUACUCUGAUAGAGUGUGACAUGAUGCCAGACGAUAGAAUGGAGAUUCCCUCCCCAGACAUUGUGCAUCAUCAUCCCCAUCUGCAACCAGUGGCGGACAAAAUUCCAGCUGUGGACCCAGACGCUCCCAUCCUCCUGCUCUUAGGACGAGACAUCUUAAGGGUACACAAGAGCCUGGACGCAGACGCAGAGAUUCGGCCAGACGUCACUGCCUUCGUCACUAAGGUUUCUGGAGCUCAAUUCGGCUCUCAUCGCUUUGAGAGGUUCUCGAACUGGAAAGCUCUCAAUCGAGCCACAGCACGACUCAUUCAUGUUGCCAGAUCCUUUCACAAAAGUGCGGACGACAACAACUGCAGAGGCUGGCAUCAGUGUAAAAAACCAUGCAGUACAAGUGAGUUGUCACAAGCCAAAACAGCAAUCAUUCACUGUGUGCAACAUGAAGUCUUCAAAGAGGAAUUCAAAUGCCUUGAGAAAGGAAAAGAGUUACCAAAACAAAGUACACUCAAAAAGCUGAACCCAGUGAUUGAUGAGGAUGGGUUGCUGAGGGUGGGAGGCCGAUUAUCCUCUGCCGACCUGUCACAAGACGAAAAACAUCCUCUCAUCAUCCCACGGACGCAUCAUGUCGCCACUCUGCUGGUAAGACAUUAUCACGAGCAAGUGGCUCACCAGGGCCGUCAUUUUUCAGAUGGAGCUAUUCGAGCAGCAGGCUUCUGGAUUAUUGGGAGCAAACAUCUGGUCUCUGGUAUAAUCCACAAGUGUGUCACCUGCCGUAAGGUUAGAGGAAAGUCAGUUGACCAAAAGAUGGCGGACUUACCUGCAGACAGACUCACAUCAGAGCCACCAUUCACCAGUGUUGGACUUGAUGUGUUUGGACCAUGGAAUGUCAUAACUCGUCGCACUAGAGGUGGUAGUGCAGACUCCAAGCGCUGGGCGGUACUCUUUACAUGUAUGUCUACUAGAGCAGUCCAUAUUGAGCUCAUCGAAUCCAUGUCCACAUCCAGCUUCAUCAACGCGCUGAGGCGUUUUUUCUCUAUCCGCGGUCCAGCAAAAGUGCUACGAUCUGAUCGAGGUACAAACUUUAUAGGUGCCUGCAGGGAACUGGGAAUCGACACAAAUGACUCAGAGUUGACUAAAUACCUCUCAGACAAGGGAUGUACUUGGAUAUUUAAUCCCCCACACUCGUCUCAUAUGGGUGGUUCUUGGGAGAGACUCAUUGGGGUUGCCAGACGUAUCCUUGAUGCUAUGCUGUUUCAGACGGGCUCCACUCGUCUCACACAUGAGGUCUUGAGCACUCUUAUGUCUGAAGUUAUGGCAAUAAUCAAUGCGAGACCCCUAGUGUCAGUGUCAACCGAUCCUGACAUGCCUGCCAUUCUUACACCCUCAAUGUUACUGACACAAAAGACCAACGCUACCUCAGCCCCUUCUGGAUAUUUCCACAUGAACGAUCUUCAUGGAAAACAGUGGAAGCAAGUCCAGUGUCUCGCUGACACUUUCUGGAAAAGGUGGAGACAGGAGUACCUGACAACACUGCAGAGACGCAGAAAAUGGACAGCAGAAAAGCCAAAUGUGAAAGUGGGAGAUGUUGUCUUAUUGAAAGACAGUCAGACGCACAGAAAUGACUGGCCAGUCGGACUUGUGGUAAAAACCUUUCCCAGUACUGACGGAAAGGUCAGGAAAGUAGAACUAAAGGUUGUCAAGCAAGGGAUUGCUAAGGUGUUUCUGAGACCAAUCUCAGAGAUUGUUGUUCUUCUUUCUGAAGCAUCCUAGAGGCAAAAUAUUUGAUUUCAUAGUGGCACAAUCUCAUUAUACCAGGCGGGGAGUGUGCUGCCAUCUUGUUAGAAGGUAACAGAUUAUUUUAUUAUAGUGAUUAAGAGUGACUUUCAUUGUGUUCCAUGGUGUUUAGCGCCCCCUAGUGGAGCUUUCUGGUACUUAGAAUUAUGGACGAAAACCCGGAAGUAAAGUUGUUAUUAUGCACGCAGACAAGCAGCUAGAAACAACGCUACUGUACAGUUCUUUCAGUGCAACUAUUUCUUGUUAC